CUUUCUCAGGGACUCCAUACAACUCCAAGCGCCACUCCAUCGGAUGCUGCCAAAUUUCGAACAGCUUAAUCUAGCAAGUCUUUCCUCUUCUUUUGGGACUUUGACAUUUUCCGGAGUUGACACUAUAUAAGAACUUAGCAAAGGACACUGCACAAGAACUUAGCAAAUAAAGAGAGCUUGGUGGCGUAAGUGUUCUGCGUUUGUCUCCCUCCAGAGGACACAGCCUCCGAAAUACAAGUGCAUGUACUAACAUCGACCAGCCACGAGAUGGCAGCAUAAGACCGCUUGACCUUCAGCUAAAUCCGGGGACCCCACCUACUUUCGGUUUUGUUUCAAGCUUGUGGCUUCCUCUACAGAUUCUGUGCGCUCUUGGCCUCUGAGGCGUUUCCUCAAUUACUUUAUAAAAAUUCUAGAAUAACACGUGAAAGUGUUGUUUGAAUGAAAAAUGUCGCUUCCGAAAUACUUGACGACCGUCUUCUGUGCUUUGUUCAUCACCAUCGGAGCUGCUUCAGGUCAAGAAGAGAAAGUUUAUGGUGAAGUCGGUCGUUCAGUGUCUUUUGGUGCGACCAGCUUAAAUCCUCCUGUCAGCAGCAUUAUAUGGAAACAAAAAAGUGAACUUGUUAUAAAAGCGAUUGAAUGGGAUGAAGCUGAUGGUGUUAACGCCCCGAAUCCGAGAUUCAAAGACAUCACAACUCUUGAUAACACGACUGGACAAAUCACUAUAACUACAUUAAAAUCCGAGCAUAGUGGAAUUUAUACCAUCGACAUCAACAGUAAAGAACAGGGAAAAAGAUUCAUGUUGGAAGUUUUGCCACCGCUCCCCAAACCUGUGAUAAAAAUAGAUAGGCCCGAUGAAAACUCUGUUUUUGUGUAUUUAAUCUGCGAGUACAGUGAAACAAUCAUCUGGUAUAAUUCUGCUGGAGAAAAACUGGAUGUAAAAGAUCACAUUCCGAAAGGAAAGUUCAUCACGGUUCACAAAAAUGGACAUCCAGACGACUACUACACAUGCACAAUCAAGAAUGAAGUGAGUGAGAAAACCAGUGACAAGGUCUUUAGGAGAGAUCUGUUUGAAGAGGGUGGAUCUCCGUGGAUAGUUCCCGUCGUCAUCCUAAUCUUGAUACUGGUCCUCAUUAUUGUUUUUGUUAUCCUGUAUAAGGUCUGGGAAACGUUUCAUAAAAUUGUUCACAACAAUUUGAAAGACACACCAUGCAUAGUGAUUCUGAACCUGCUGGAUGGAAAGAAUAGUGAAGAUAUACAGUCUGGUGAGGAAUCAACAAAAAUGACCAAUGCACAGCCUGAUGGGGAACCAACCGAUCCAAAACCCCUGGAAAGUGGAGAACAGAAUGAGAAUUCACCUAAAAAAUAAAAAUCUAGUGGUAGAAAAAAAACAGCUCUGCUUCUGUGAAAUGUCUGCAAGUAACAAACUUCAGAACGAGGACUUUUCAUUGGAUCACCUUUUGAAGACCAGUCUUUUUUUUUCUCAGACAUGAGCAGUAAAUUUUGUAUGAAUGUGGAAUUAUUAUUUUUUUUUAAGGCCUAUUUGUGAACUGCUCAAUAUUAUUCCCCUGCGUUCACAAAUCUUCCCUCAGUUAAAUUGCUGCACUGUUCACACUGUGGGAAUUCUCUUUUUAUCUAGUUAUCCACACUGUUCGCGUAUAAUCAGUUGAAUCUGUGUCCUGUUUGCAAUGUUUUUGACUAUCUGUAUUAUCUGCAUUGGUUGCGUUAGUGAUGAUAUAGACUUGGUGUGGCAUCUUGAAAUGUCAUUCAGAAGCAUGAUGGUGGUAUAACGAAAGCUUAUUGAUGCGUACCAGCUUCCUUUUUGGCCCUGUAAGGACAUUAGUGUCCACAAGAAAGAGAAAUGAACAAAAUGUGUAUUGAAAGCGGUCACUUCAGGUGUGUUCAGCUCAAUCACAGCCCUAAUACUAAUCAAAUGUCUGAACACAGCCAAAGAUCAGUAUGGGUAACAUGAGAUAUGGUUUUAAAUUAUAUUGAGUCUCAUAACUGUUUGUUAACACAGCUGUUAACUCCAUCUAACAUAUGUUCAUACAAGACACAGAAAUUACUUCAGGCUGUCAAUACAGAUUUGGAUUCAAAUCCAUUUUUGUCAGAAGUAGUGCAAGCAUGCGUUUCAGAAACUGUUUCUGAUGACGACACGAAGCAUCCAGUGCGGACAGUAUCAUGAAUUAUAAAGAUUAUAAAGUUUUUUUUUUGUUUUUGCUUUUAAUGUGACAUGUGCCCAGUGUAGGUGGUUUAUCUGUAUAAUAAAGGGUAGAUUUUAUUUACACUGGGUGUAAAUAGGUGUAUAUACUGUUUGUUCCAAGUAGAAAUAGCAACAGACUGCACUUAGUGCAUACAAUAAUGGUGAUCACACGAACUGUGAUUAGUAUUUAUUUGCUGUUUGUUGAAAAGGUGAAUUAGGCUUUGUUUGGUUGAAUUGGUAAAAAUAGUUUAGUGUUUGCACCCAGUGUAAAUAGACCGGGCCGUAAUGAAUAUUAGAUGGCAUAAAUUGGUUAAGGGAAAGCUGUUUUACUGAGAAAUAAAGCCAUCAAAUAAAAAAUUGUGAGAAAUCUAUACUGCUAACUACUGAAUGAUGAGCAGCGAUGUGAAAUCUGAAAACUAACGGCAUACAAUGCAAGAUUUUGCUGAUUGCUUUAUAGUUUUGAACACAUUCUUGCACCACCAGACCAUAACAACUCAUGUUUGUGCUAUUUUGAUGUUGCCUGUGUUGGCCUAGAAUGCUAUUCAGAUGUGUUUUGCAUACAUUAAGUUUGUUGCAAAAGAUUUGAGAGCAUGUUUAUUCUUGUAUGCUUAUGAAUUACAAAAUUGCAAUUCAUCGAAAAAUGUCAUUUUAGGUCAAUUGUAAUAGUUUGUGCAAGUGUGCAAUUACUGUGUUCAGAAAAAAUCAGGUUUUUAAUCCAAAUGUAAAACCAAUUCUUUUUUUUUUCGCAUCUAUAGUAUUUUGUGUGUAUAUCAUUCUAGAAUUCAAAACUCAUUUAAAGCAAUGUCUCUGGACUUUGGUACAUUAAUAAAUUUCCCCAUUUCAAGGCCUCAGCUUUGAGACAAAUGAGAAACUCCCAAAUUCCUUGGACUUUCGUCUUCAUGUUAAGGGUGGGGUUUUGAUUCACUCAUAGUUGAGUAAUGUUGACAUAGUUUCAUUUGAGUUCACUUAGUAUAUCCUUGUAAUAUAUUAUCACUGCUUUUUUCUAUCACUAAUGUUAUUUACAAUUACAUUUUUCAUUUUCAUAAUACAAGCACCAUCUAUGCAUGUCUUUUAAAUGCUGUUUAGUUUUGAGACCUAGAAUAUAUCUCUUUCUCUGGGGUCAACCUUUUAUUAGCAGAAUCUAAAUGUGCCCCAAAUAACUGAGCACAUUGACCCUGAGGAGCUCCGUUUGAAGGAUGGAAAUUCAUCUUUUACCAUAAGAGAGGGUUUAGACUUCCUGUUUGUGGUUCGCAAGAUGGAUACAUGUAUUUUGUAUUUUAAGACAUGUAUUUGAAUGUAUAAAAAUUGCAUGAGCUUUGUCCCUAAAGGAUGUUUAACCUUGUUGCUAUGGGUUUCUUUUUUAACAAAAGGAACUGCAGAGAAACACUAACCUAGCAACUGUUGCUUUAAUUUGGGACUAAAAUAGAAUUAAGGAAGCGCUCGGGUCAACAUUGUGCUCUGUUGUGGCAAUGAAUAUGAAAACUGCCUCUGCUCUGAGUGUCCUCUUAAUCAUAAAGAUGGCUUGUAACAAAUAUUGUAUUCUGCAAUGACUGUAGUUAAAUUUAGUUAAAUUUAUUUUAUUCUUUAAGCGUAUUUAUAAAAAAAAAAAAAAGUUUUUGCCAUUAUUUUAAAAUGUGUUUGUGCUAAUGUAAAUUACUAAUCAGUCAUGUCAUCUCACAUAUGAUGUAAUAGUCAAGUCUGACAGCUAUUAAAUACCAAAAUGUGUAUUAAGUUUGAAUAAAUUUGCCAUUUAAAAAUGUUGGCAAAAGCAA